UUUAAUAACAUUUUUUUAAAAGAGAAAAUUAGACAAAUUUACAAUUCAGGGUCUGUGCAUUCCUUCUUCCAUCUUCUCUUCUCGUCUCCAGGAUCCUCUGAAACUCUGAUUCAACCCUUCCCUCCUUCCAUCGCAAUUUUGCAUCUCGAGAAGGUUUUGGUGAUUGAUUUGGUUGUGUGAGAAGAUGCAUCCUCCUUUAACAUUGCACAAACAUCCUAUGUGCGCUGAAAUUAUCGAGGAGUUUCAAAAGUGUCAUGUGGAACAUCCUAUUGCAAAAUUCUUUGGCGAAUGUACAGAAUUGAAAAUAAAAUUGGAUCGCUGCUUCAGAGCAGAAAAAGCUGUGAAGAGAAAGGCCAACUUUGAAAAGAGCAAAGAACUCAAGGAACAACUGCGAGUUUUAAGGAAAGAAAAUGCUGCAAGCAACAGUCAAUAGAAGUAGAAGGAUUUUCUGCUAUGAUGAAAACUAAAAUUGUUUACGCAAAAUACAGUCCUUAGUUUUGUACAAUGGCUCCAUAUGAUAUUUUUCCAUUGUCAAGCAAAGAAAUAUUAUGUAUCAUUGAUUUUCCAUUUGCAAAAUACAAUCCUUAGUUUUGUACAAUGCGCUCUGUAAUAAUCAGUAUGUAACAAACCAUGCUACCAUACACCCAAAUACCUAUCUUACUAUAGGUUGAUGUGUGUCGGCGAACUAGUCUUGUAUGGUCACAAGACCAAAUUUAUAGUAGUAUUUAGGCACAUACACAGACAUUUGUUUUUCUUCUGAUAGUAAUAAAAAUUUGAUUUAACA